AUGAAAACUUAAAAAUAAAGUAGAGAGAUAGAAGUUAAUUUUUACUUACAUUUUACAGACUUAAGUAAAUUUGAAUAAGUAUUCCUUCUAAUAAAUGGAUAAUCAAUAAAAUUAGAGGAUUUAGGUUGCGAUAUAGAUUUUUAGGUUGUUACUUUGGAUAUGGAAGCAGCUGAGAGCAAAAUUUAGUAUUAAUAUGAAAUAAAACAUAAAAAAAGUACAUAUCUUUCUGAUUAUAUUUCAAGAUAAUUAACUCAAUAUAAGAUUAUUGAAAAUGAAAAUGAAAAGAUUUAUAUUUUUGAUAGGCCCUCAAAAUUUAAAAUGAAUAGAAUAUAAAAUAAAAAAAUCAGUUAAAAAGAAGACGAAGUAGGACUAGAAGAAGAACAAGAAUAAGAAAUAAUUAACUAGAAAGAUAUUGAAAAGAGCUAUUAUUAGUUCCUCAAAUAAGUUAAAGAAAAAAGCGAAAAUAUAUCUACGGUAGUAAAGGGAUUGAGGAAAUUUAUAGUUGUGUCAUAGUUCAAAAAUAAACAUUAACUUUUUAAAGAUAUUGAUGACAACAUUCUCAAAUUAAUAAAUCCAUAAAAAGAUGAAGUGAAUUAGUUAAAUUAAUUGAUUGAAGCCCUCUCAUAAAAUGCAAAAACUAAUAACUCAUAUAAUAUAUAUUGUAAAAUUAAAUAAGCUCCUUUGGAUUAUUUUAAGAAUGAAUAUCUAAUUUAAUUUGUAUAGAGUCUUCAAAAUAAUUUUAAUCCUCUUGAAAUUUUAAAAGAACUAAUCGAAAAUAAUGGUUUAUUAGAAAAAUCAUAGCUAUAACAAAACUUUAUUACCAAAUUGAAUUAAUUAAAUUCUGAAUAAUUUAAAAAACACUAAAGUGAAAUUGAACAAUAAUUUGAUAUUUUAAGAAAAAAUAAUAAAUAAGAAGCCAUAAAAUUAAGAUAGUCCUUUAUUUUUAAAAUAUUAAGAUAAAUUAAUAGCUUAAAAGAUUAGCUAAAUCAUCUGCUAGUAAAUUAGGUGGACAUAAAAGGCUUAUUUUAAAACGAUGACUUUUUAUAAAUAUAAUAGUAUAUCUAAGAAAUAUUACUAGGAGAACUUUUACAGAAAUAUCCUCUUCAAAAAAAAGAUUUCUUUGACCAUUUUAUCAGUAAAAUAAAGGAUUUUUAAAGUUACUACGAUAGUGAUUUUUAAAUAAUUAAAAGCUACUUUAGAGAUUAAAAUUUUACAGAACUUUAACCCAUCAACUAAAUAGAUCUAAUAAUUUUCAUGAUUUAACAUUAAUAAAAACUAGAAAUUGAUAUCUAAAAACUUAUUAAAUCUAAAUCUUUAAUUAAAAAUUUGAAAAAAUUUGAUCAAAUUGUUUGCCUUUCAAAGUAUUUCUCUCAGCAUGAUCCAACAUAAAGUCAAUAAAAUUACCUGUUAAGUACUUUUUAAGAGUUUAUAAAAACUCUUGAAGCCAAAUAGAUUGAAUUUGUUUGGGAUUAUUAAAAGGAGCUUGUAGAUUUAUUAAAAUUUUAGUAAAAUUAAUAAAAAAUUUAUCUACAAUAGUAAAUAGAAAAUACUAUUUCAUAAAAGAAUAACAUGUAAAAAAUGAUUGAUGAAUAAGACCAAACUGAUACUCUGAGAAAUAACCAAAAAGAUUUUCCUUAAAUAAAUUUUGAAAAGAUUAAUGAUAUUGAAAUUAAUACAUUUUAAGAAUAAUCUUAUCAAAUAUUAGUUGAAUACUUCCAUUAAAACCUAAAAAUGAUAAUUUAAGCAAUCUAUGAAGAACAGAAUGUUGAAAAUUUAAAUAAGAUUUUAAAUACAAUUUAGCAAAUAUUUAACAAAUAAAUAUGUAUGAAGAGGUUAACUGAAUUUUAUUCUUUCUAUAAAAAAUGUUUGGAAUAAAAAAAAAUUCAAAAUAAAGAAUAGGAAUCUAUUUUAGUGAAAAUUUAAUAAUUUUUUGAGUAAGAAGCCAUAAACUUAUAUGAAUAAUAGUAACCACCUGAGUAAAGAUUUUAAAGUGAGCAAUAUCUGGAUUUCUUAAAAAUAUCUGAUAAGAGACCCGACUUCCCUUUUAGAAAGAGAUUAUUGGCUGAUUUAAAUAAAUUUGUCUUGCAUCAUGAUGAAAUUAAAAUACCUUCAAUUAAAAAAAUAAUUGAAAAUUAACAAUUUAAAGACAUUUAUAAGUUCUUUUAAAGUGAAAUUAAAAUAUAAUUUUCAGAUUUUUCAAAAUAAAUUGACCAAGAAAUAAGUUAAUUCUAUAAAGAGAAAGAAAAAAUAAAUAAACUAUUGAAAUAUUUUCCUUCAUACUUAAAAAAAGAAAAUUAAUUGUUUGAACAAAAAUUUAAAAUGGAUGCUUAGUUUGGAGAAAUCAGAUAAAUAAUUAUAAAAUUUAAAUAAAUGAAGAGCUUAUAUGACUAUUUUGAUUUAUUAUAAAGCAGUAAAAUUUUCUAAAAAAUCGUUUUCAUGCUUCAAUAAUAAGAGGGAGAGUAUAAAAUUUUAUCAGGAAAUCUAAAUAAUAUACUUUAUUAUUCUAAAAUGGAAUUGAUAAAUCUCAUCUAAAUGGUUAAGGGUAAUAAAAUUGUGUCUCUCAAGUGUUUGGAUACAUUUUAAAUUAAGCUUUAAGAAGAUAUUAAUAAUCUAAAUUAAUAACAGCCAUGCUUUGAUCAUGAAUUCGAAUUAGAAGAAAAUGAAGAAGAAGAAAACUCAUAAAAAAGUAUCUCAGAAAAAUCGAUUCUUUUCCCCAAAAAAAUUUUAAAUUUAUAAAAUUUAAUAUAAAUAUCUGGUGAUUCAUUUAUAGAAUCUGAAGAGAAUUUCCUUAAUCUCUACGAAUUGCUUUAAAUUAAAGAAGAAAAUCUCUCUGAAACCCUUUAAAAAUUUUUUCAUAUCAACUUUCUUCAUUAAUAUGGAAAAUGUUUAAUUGAAAUUGCCAAAUAAAAUGAUAUAAACCUUGAAAGCUAAUUGAAUAAAUAAUUUUACUUAGAUCUAUAGAAUUUGACUAAUAUUGAUGUAAAUAAAAAAUCUAUUGAUUAUUUUUAGAAUAGUCAAUUUAAAUGCUUACUUUCUUUUCCAAGUGGUUUUUAUUUAGGUGUAGAAAGAUAAGAUAAUGCAGUAUUAACAAUUUCCCAAUUAGAUUCAAUAAUUAAAUAUAUCAUAGAUAAUUUGUAAAAUCAAAGCUUUUUAGAAUUGAGAGAUUUGGUAGGAGGAGAUGAAAACACUGACUUAUAAUCUUUGCUGAUUAAGCUAAAUAAUUAAAGAAAAAUAUUUGGUAUUUUGACUGAAUUAAGAGAAACUUAUUCAAAUAAUUAAAAGGCUUCUUUUAUUAAGUUUAUUUAAAAAAUAGUUGAAUUCUGUAGAUUAGAAUUGGUUGAUGAAGCCAUCCAUGCUGAAUUGCAGUAAUGUUCAGAAGAUUUCUUUAAAAUUAAGUAAAUAGAUAAGAGCUAAUAGAAUUAAUAAGAUUACAUUAGCCUAGCAAUAGAAGUCCUCGAAGUGGGUGAAUUCUAGUUUUAUCUUGAUGAGCAUAAAGAUAAUCCAGAACAAGUAAAACUCGUUGUUCUUUCAAAUUAAGAAUAUUCAGAAUUGGAUAUUAGAAAAAUAUGUUCAAAAGUUAUUAUUGACUAGAAUAUGGUAAAAAUACAUGCAUAGUUUAUUAAGGAAAGAGAAAAGAAAAAUAAACCCAAAUCUAAGAUUUCGUCUAAAAGCAUGAUACAAGUCGAAGAAGAAGAAUCAGAAGAAUGUAAAUAAAUUAAAAAUUCAAUGAAAAUGUUUAAAGAUUAGUGGGAAGCUGCUGAAAGGUUGAAGGAAGUGAUUUCUAAUUUAAUUUCUUUUGGAAAAUUUGAUAUUCUUUAACGAAAACUAAUUUUCUCUAACAAAAAUUAAACCCCAUAAAAAAAUCUUGAAUAAAUGGAAUAAAAUUAUCAAACAUACACUAAAGAACUUACAGAAUGGAAAAAUUAACUUUGCGAGCUUUUUCAAUAAUAUCCUUAUUUUUCUUUAAUUGGAUUUUCAUAUUACUAAGAACUUAUUACUUAUUGUGAAGAAGGAAAAUAUGAAGAUUUUAGUAAAGUAAAUCCUGGUUUGAUAAAUAUCUUAAAAUUUAUGAGCCUAAGUCUGUAGGAUAUUUAAGAAAUACCUUUCUCAAUUAAACUAAAGAAGAAUUAAUCUUACUUUUCUAAAUUGUAGAGCAUAGCAAAUAAUUGUACUUAAAAAUGUAAAUAAUUUGAUCAUCAAAUGAUAGAAAAAAGUUAUGAAGAUAAAAUAUUUGAGCCUCUAAGAUUCAAAGAUAAAUUGGUGAAAUACAUUUUUUCGGGUAGCUAAGAGUUGAUAGAAAUAUUAAUUGGUGGAGUUUAGAAUCAAGAUGAUAAUUAUGGAGAUUUCUACAAAUAUUUGUUUUGUGACAAAAGCACCAAGUUCACUGAUCUUUAACUUUUCAUGUUUAGGUUUAAAAAUUUAAUUUCUAAUAACAAAUAAAAUACUUACUACUUGAUCAUUAAUACUAAAUUAGAAGUUAAAUUUUUCAACUAAGUGAAUGAUAUUUUAUCUGACUAUAAUAAAUAAAGUAAUACAAUUAAAAAUUAGCUUAUAGUUCUUAUCAGAGAAGGAUUAGAUUAAAAAUAAAUAUCAUGUUUACCCUAAGAAAAGAAAAUAAACAAACAAACAAUAGCAUCAAUUUUAUAUUAAAAUGCUAUAAUUUAUUAUUCAAAUAGCUCAGGUUGUGGUAAAUCCUUUGAAAUACAAAAAAAAAUUAGCGAGUAAAACUAAAAUUCCUUCAGAAUUCCAAUAGGUGGAAGCAAUAAAAACUAAAUUUUGUAAACCUUAAAAUAAAAACUGAAUAAAGUGGAGCCAGGUAAUUUACAUAUCCAUUUAGAUGUUUGUGAAACAUCUGAAUAUGAUCUUAAUUUGCUAUUUUUUGAAUUAAUUGUAUUAAAAUCUAUAAGCAUUCAUAGUGAUUAACUUGUUUACUUUGAAAAAUUUAACUAAACAACUUUUUACAUCGAAAUAGCUAACACUCUUGAUGAAGGUUUAUAUUAAUCUAUUCACAUCAAAAAUUUCUUUGAAAGAUAAAAAGUUGAAUUUGAUGCUAGUAGGUUUUAGCUAGAGUCACCAAAUAAAUCUAAAGAAGAAAUUAUCAAUUAUAAAGCAGCAUUCUAAUCCUUAUAUUAUAUAUACGUAUUAGAAACUACUGGUGUAAACCAUUUCAAUAAAGAAUAAACCGAUGAUAGCUAUAAUUUAGAUAAUGCUAUUUUAUCAAACAUAAAUAAUUUAAUAAAAAAUAAAAUAGUUGAAUAAAUAACAGUUCCUUGCUUUUAUUAAAUUGUUAGAUUUUUAAAUCUAUUUGGUUCUGAAAUGAGAAAAAUGAAUAAAUCUUAUUUCCUUUCGCCUGAAUAUAUAAAAUCAGAAGGAUUAGACCACUAACUGAGAACUAUUAUAGUUUCUACAUCUUAUAAAUUGUGUAGUAAUAUAUGUUUUACUUAAUACGAAUAAAAAAACAUAAUCUAAAACUAGCAAGUUUCAAAAGAAAUGUAGCUUAAUUAAAAAUCAGAAAAUAUUAAAGAAUUCAGUAAUUUUGAAAUGGAUUUUAUCACUUUUUAGGAAUAAGAAUCUCCAUGCUUAACUAUGUUUUUUAGGAAUUCAAAUUAAGUUCCUAGAUAAAUUAAAGAACUGGUUGAACUUAAUAAGGAAAAACUACUUUACUUUAAUGAAAAUUUAUAACCUGAAGAUUUAUUAAGAUGGCUGGUCAAACUUAUAAAAAAAGAUGAAUAAAAAAUAUAUAGUGACAGAAAUAAUAAUAGCUUUGAUUCUAUGAUUAACGAUGACAUAAGUAAAUUUGCAAAAAGAAUAAUCAUUUAAAAAGAUAAUUUCUUUAAAAUUGCUAUGAUUUUUAUGAGAAUUCGUGCUAACUCUCCUGUUAUUAUUAUGGGUUAAUCAGGUAUUGGAAAAUCAAUACUUAUUGAAGUUAUGUCAGUUAUAAUGGAAGCUUAAUUCAAAAUUAUGAUUGUUCAUGCAGGUAUUACUGAGCAAGAUGUUACUAAGUUGAUUGAAGAAUCCAUUGAAAUCAGUUAAAAAAAUAAUUAGAAAGUAGUUGUUUUCUUCGAUGAAGUAAAUACAAACAAAUUAGUGAGCAGUUUAUUCAAAGAAAUAAUAGUUGAUAGACACAUAUAUGGAGAGCCUAUACCAAGCAAUGUAAUUCCAAUAGCCGCUAUAAAUCCAUACAAACUUAAGAGUGAGUAAUAAAAAAAAAUGAUAGACAUUUAAAUUCAUGGAGGUAUUAAAAAGGAGAUGGUGAAAAAAAUUAAAAACACAGAUCUUGAAUAUUCAGUAGAGCCUAUUCCAGAAAGUAUGUAUAGUUUCAUCUGGAAUUUCGAUAAGCUUUAAUUAGAAGAUGAGAAGAAAUACAUUUCUCAAAUACUAUAAACGAAAUAUAAUGAGAAAAAGAAGAAAUAAAUAUAUAAAAUUUUUGCUGAUGAAGAGCUUGAUCUUAUUUCUAAAGGAAUAUUUGAAAGCUAAAUAUUCUUAAGAGAAAAAAUGGGAUAUCAAAGUGCUUGUAGUCUUAGAGAUGUUAGUCGCUUCACUAAAUUACUCUUUUGGUUUAUCAAAUUUUUAACAAAAUGUAGGUAGUUUGAGUUGAAAAUUCUUGAUAAAGACUUCUAAAGCACUUGCUUAUAUUUAUCCUUUUAUAUAAAUUAUUGUGUUCGUUUGCCUUUAAUCAACUAAAGAAAGUAAUAUUUAUAUAAACUUUCUGAAAUUUUCUAAGAAAAUCGCUUAUAAAUAUGGAAAAAAAUUGAUGAUGUAUCAACUUAUUUGAUUAAUUAAACAGAAGUACCAAGAGGUAUAGUUAAGAAUACAGCCCUUAAAUAGAAUGUUUUUACCUUAUUUGUAUCUAUAAUGAAUAAAAUUCCUGUUGUUCUUAUAGGUCCUCCAGGUUGUUCUAAAACUCUUUCAUUAAGAAUCAUCAUAAAAUCAAUGAAAGGCAAAUAAUCUAAAUCACCUCUCUUCCAAAAGCUAAAAACUUUGAUGCCUUUACUGUAUUAAGGACAUGUUCAAAGUACAUCUGAAAAGAUACUUGAAGUAUUUGAAAGAGCAAAAAAUAAAGUAGAGUAAUAUAAAAAAUAAAACGAACAAAAAAAUUAUAUUUCUAUGGUACACCUAGAAGAAAUAGGUCUAGCUGAAAUUUCACCUCAUAAUCCUCUAAAGGUUCUACAUUAAACUCUUGAAAAACCUGAAAUCGCAAUUGCAUGUAUUUCAAACUGGCCACUAGAUCAGUCUAAAAUGAAUAGAAUGCUGGCCAUUUAUAGAUUAGAUGUUGAUGAAGAUGAAUUAGUGGAAAUUUUGAAAUCGACUUAGGAAUAUGUUCAUUCUUUUAAAAAAGAUUAGUCUGUCUAAAAUGUUUUAAAACAAGAUAAAAUAAGUGAUUAAUUAUAAGUAUAAAUUGCUAAGACUUAUUAAAGUUAUCUUGAGUAGGUAAAAAAAGAAAUGCCUGAAUAUGAAUAAUUUCAUGGAUUGAGAGAUUUUUAUGGCAUGGCAAAAUUGUUAAUUUCAAAGAAAAUUCAAUUAGUUAAAGACAUACUCAAAUAAAGUAAUGAUUAACUUAUAUAAAUCUAAAUUAGUGAUAGUUUAAUUAUGCAAAACAAUUAAGCUUUGAUUGCUUAUUCCUUUAUAAGACAUUUCUCUGGAUUAGAAACCCACGACAUUUUGUUCAAUACACUUAAAAAGCAAUUUAAAGAUUAAGAAUUAAAUGAAAUACAAAAGUUAAAAUAAAUCUAAUUGAUUUAAGAUAAUUUAACUGAAGUAUCAGAUGACUUCAUGUCUAGGCAUCUUAUGAUAAUUUCUCGAAAUUCUUAGGCUACUUUAGAAUUUAUUAAUAGCGAGCUUAUCAGUUUACAAAAACCUUACUAAAUAUUUAUGGGAAGUGAUUUUUAGACAGAUUAAAAAUCAUAAAAUACUUACAAAAUUAUUAAUGAAAUAAUUGAUUGUGUAGAAAAGGGUAAAAUUGUAGUGCUAAAAAAUUUAGAUAAUAUCUAUUAAAGUUUAUAUGAUUUGCUAAACUAAAAUUACAAAUAUUUUAAUGGAAAAUAUUAUUGCAGCAUUUCUUUUAAUGCAGACAGUAGAGAAAUUCCUGUAUCUCCAGACUUUAAGAUCAUACUUAUUGCUGAUUAAUCAUAAAUACAUAAAAUGGAUGGACCACUUCUCAAUCGUUUUGAAAAGCACACAUUUUCUGAAUCUAUGAUAAUUUCAUAAAAAGAUUAGAACAAAAUUAAUCGCAUAUACUAAUAUUUCAUAGAUCUUAAAUAAAAUAUAUUCAAUUUUAAUAACAUUAAGGAGUUAGUUUAAUCGCUUGUAUUAUAAUAAAGCAAAUUAUAAGGUUCAUCUGAAGAGGAUUAUGUAAAACAGCAAAUUUAUCAUCUGACAUCUUUCAGUUACGCAAUAUAAAUGAUAAAUGCAUAAGAUGAAGAAUUUAAAAAAACAUAUAUAGAAUCAAAUUAUCAUUAUAGUCUAGAUAGCUUUAUAGAAAACAGAAUAUUUAAGUCUGAUAAUGAAAAUAAAAAGCUAUUUUGCAUUUACUCUCCUUAAUAAGAUAUAAAUUCUACAUCAAAAUAUAAUUUAAAUAAAAUUCAAAUAUCUUAAAUAGAUUCUCAAUAAGUUUUAGUAAAUUAAUUGAAAUAAUUUUUCGAAAAUUUGGUUAUAAAGAGUCAAGCUUAAUUGUAAGAUGAAGAUGCAAAUAUGGAACCAAUUGAAGAGGAAAUAAAUUAAAAAAUUUUAAUGGUUAUAUGUGAUUAAUAUGUUGACUCUUUUGAAAGAAUAAGCUUUGUUAGAUAAAAAAUCGUAGAAACAAUGAUUAGCUAUUAAAAUAGAUCUAAUUUACCAUUCAGUAUAAUACUUUGUAUUAGAACUACGGAUAUAUUCUAAGCUCUUCCUUAUUUUGCAAAUUGUGAGCAAUACUUUAUUGAAGAUCUUUAUUUAAACUCAAAUUUAGAUAGAGUUCUUAGUUUGAGUUAAAUUAUAUAUAGAUUAGAUGAAAAUUUAAAUUCUGUUGUUGAUUUUGAUUAAUUAUAGAAAAUUUUUAUGUCAAAGAAAGAACUUAUUAGUAAUUCUUUUGGACUUGUUAGUUAUGGUAAUAUAGUAUAAGAGGAUUUCUUACUAAAUAGGCUGAAGGAUAUUUUUACAAUUUUUAGCUUUAAGGAUGAAGAAAAGAUAUCAGUUAUUAGCUUUAAAUUUAUUCAAGCCUAAAUAAAAAUCUUUUUAGAAUAAAAUUAAUUAGUCAUAGUUAGAGACUUUGUCUACAAGUAAAUUAUUGAAAAAGGUAAAGCUUAGCAAAGAAUAAGUCUCCUUUCAGCAAUUAAAGAAGGAAUAAUGGAAAUCAUAUAAAUUGGUGUUGCAAAGUUCAUCGCAGUUUUAGAAAAUAAUUAUUUAAUUUACUCAAUAAUUCAUUCUGCUAAUAACAGCUCUUUAAAGAAAAUAGUGGCAUAAAAUUUAAUAGAUAUUCUGAAUAUUGGAUAAGUGGAUUUUACAGAUAAAGAAGCAUUCUACAGGCAAAUAAAUGAGAGCAAUUAAACAUUUGAUUUGACAGUAAAUAUUUAACCCAAAGAAUUUAAAUUCCCUGGUUCUCAAAAAUAUAUAUCUAUACUACAAAAUUGCAUUAAAGAAUUAGAUUUUAAUAAAAAUGAAAACAAUUAGGAAAAAUUGAAAAAUAUUUAAAUAGAAGAAAACGAUGAUAUAGAAUUAGAAAACGAUGAUCAAGUUUAACUAAAUUAAUCUUUAGAUACCUAAUAUAAUAACUUUUUAGAAUAGAUUUAAAAUGAAGAAUAAAUCAAUUUAAUUUAAUUUACAAUAUUAUUUAUAGAAGAUUAUAUAAAUCACGGUAUAUAGGGAAUAGAUCUUACCCAUUUAAAUAUUAGCUUAUAAAUUAUUGAAAUUUUAUAAAAACAAACAUAAAAUUAUUCUUCAUUUGAAAUUGAACAAGAGCAAGAAGAAGAAGAAAAACAAAACUUAAAGUUAAAUAUAUAAGCUAUGAUGAUUUUGAAUAUUUUUAAAGAAGAUAUUCUCAGAAUUGAUGAAAUAAUGGCUUAAUUUAGUUGGAUUUUAAGAAAAGAAGAAAUAAUGAAAAGAUUAAAAUUUAAUCAUGAUGCUCCAAAUUAAUCUUGUAUAAUUCAAUAUGCCCAAGCCUUAGUUUAACUUUUGAUUUAAUUAAUGAAACCUUCUGAGGAACUAUAAAACAAGAUGAAAUCAUAAGAUAUUACAUAUAAAGAUUAAGUUUAAGAAUUAGUUAGAUUUAUAGACUUCUAUGAACUCUAUAAGAGUGAUCAAAUAAAAAAUAGUUAGCAAAAAUUGUAUCUUUAAUAACUUUUCAUCAAUAAUAUUAUGGAAAAGCUCUAAAUAGAUUGGUAGAAUAAAGUUUUUGAUGAGCUUCAAGAUAUCAUUUAAUAUAACUUAAAGGGUUUAGAUAAUUUUAAAAAUACAGUUAAAAGAAUAUAUUUUAACUAGUAAGAUGAUGAUUAUAACUAAAAUACUUCAAAGAGUUCCAAAGUCUCUAUAAUAAAAAAAAGAAUUUCUAAGCUUAAAAAGAAUAAGAAAAUAGAUGCUGAUUAAGAAAAUGAAGAUACAGAUAAAAUUGAUGUGGAAGAUAAUAUUAAAAAUAAUGAGGAAGAAAAUAAUAAUUUAGAUGAAAAAAUCAAAUAAUUUGAGAUUGAAUGGAUCUAUUUUGUGUUAGAUAUUUUGCAAAACUAAAUAAAUUAAAAUAAAUUCAAGGAUAUUUUAGGUGUGGUUGUGAAUUAACUUGUUCAAAUUGAGGAAAAUCUUGAUAAUUUAAAAGUAAAUCCCUUACCAAAGGACAUAGUUAUAAGGUUUAACAUAAUUUUAAAUAUUCUUUUUAGCAGAAUUACAAAGUUAGAUGACCUUAUAUCUUUAUUCAAUCAAGAGGAGCAUAAGCCUUUACUAAAUUAAAAUUACCCUAAAUAAACUGAACACACUGUUUUUGUGAUCAUAACUGAUAUUAUUUAAAUUAAUUGUUUACAUUAAUUAAUAAAUUAAGAUAAAGAAAAAGAAAAAUUCUAUUAGUUUGUUUUUAAUAUCUGUGAAAUCGACUCUCUUGCGAAGUUAUCUUUAUUCUAAAAGUUAAUUUUCUUUAGUAUAUAUAGAGAACUCACAUUGAUUUUAUGCUUAAAUAAAGAUAAAAUAUCUUUUGACAAUAAGUGUCGUAUCUAAAAAUUUUACAAUUAAAUAGAUAUCGAAAGUUUAUAACUUUAUGUAGUUAAAUAAAUUUACAAUUAAUAUGGCAAUGAAAUUACAUCUUUUAUAAAGCAAUCUGAAAUUUUUUCAAAUAUAAAGUGGCUUAAGGAGUUAAGUUCUGGCUUUGUAGGCAUCCUAGACUCAUCUUUUCUUACUGAACCUGAAUCUAAAUUAUAUAAAAAUUAUUUCUAAAAUAAUUAAAAUCUUAAAAGCUAAUUAAUAAAAUUCUUUAAAGAUGAAAUUUCUAAAUCAAAUAACAUUUUUAAGAGCUUACUUGAAGGAAUUAUACACAACGAGCUUUAUUAUCCAUUUAGUAAAUUGAAUAAUAUCUCGUUGUUUAGAUAUGAUAUUUAAAACAAUUCUUAAUUGUAUUAAUGCUUAAAUUGUUAAGAAUAUAUAUUCUCUAAUUAGUGUUCUAACUUAAAAUCUAAUUUUAUGUGCUAAAGAUGUGGUCAUUAAAUUGCUAAGGGAAGUCCAAAUACAAAAUUAGUCUUAUAAGAUGCACACACCUAAAAAACAGAAUUAUAAAAUAUCAUUAAUUAGAACUAAUGGAAAGGCAUAUAUAUAAGAUUAAUAUAAGGAAUUAAUGAUGAUUAAUUAGAAUAAGGAAAUUCAUUAGAUCUAAGAAUAUUUACUUUAAUGUACUCCAUUUCAAUUAUUUUAGCUUUUCAGAGAAAAAGAUUAAGCUCAUAGAAGUAGGUGACAAUGACUUCAUUUAAAAAUAAAUAACUAAUAAAUGAGUAAGUAAGUAUAUGGGAGCUUUGUGAGCACUUGAAGAUACAUUAUCAAGAAAAUCCAGAGAACUUUUUGAAUGAAUAAAUUGAUUUAGCUAUUGAAUAAAUUUAUUAGAUAAUGAAAUUUAAAGAUAUAAGAGAAUAAGAGAUAAGUAUCAUUUUAUUUAAAAUUAUAAAUGUAAUUUUAAAUGAUGACUCCAUAAAACCUUUAUAAGAUCCUGAAGAAAGGUCAAAACUGAACUCCUAGUUCUCUUUAAAGAUUUAAGAUAUUAUAUUACAAUCAAAGCUUGUAUUAUUAAAUUAACAAAAGGGUGAGAUUCACAUAGUAAAAAUUUUAGAGACUUUCCAAUUUGAAAAUAUAGAAUAAAAAGUUUAAAAUUAUUAUAGAAAUUUAAGAUUCGUAAAAGUUAGUAGCGAACCAAAUUUUAUUUAGAGAUAAAUUUAAUAAGAAAAUUAGAACAACAAGGAUUACUAGUCUAUGAAAAAAAUUUUAGAUUCAAAUGAAAUUGAAUAUAUAUCUAAGUCUUUAAAGGUGCUUGUUAGUUUUACAUAACUGAUGUAGAAAUAUUUAAGCAAUUCCUUUACUAUGAAAUCGGCAUAAAAUAAAACUUUAGUGAUGGUUUUGUAAGAUGAAGAAACUCAUCCACUUUUAAAAUGUUUUUAAUAAUAGCUCAUACCUAUUUGGAAAGAAAUAAAAGAAAAAGAGAAAGAAUUUAUUAUUGGAUGCAGAGACUAUAAAAUAUAUGAUCUUGAUGAAGAAACAAAAUUAAAUGAUUUGGUGUAUUCGUCUAAUACAGAAGAUGGAAUAUUCUCAAAUAUAUUCGAAAUACUAUGCUUAAAAUAAAAUAAUAUAAUCCAAGAAUUUCAGUCUUUGGUAGAUUCUGUAAGCAGAACGCAAAAAAAUAUGGUUAUUAAAGUUAAGACUAUAUAACACUUAGAUGAAAAUUUAAAUAUCCUUAAACCUUACAAAGAAACUAUCUUUAGAAAAUAUUUUAUGAAUAGUCCUGAAUAUAAAGAAGGAAAUACAUACAUAUUUGACCUUAAGUAAAUAUAAGAAGAGCUAGUUAAAACUUGCUUAACAGGUACUGUCUUUAUAGAUUUGUAGAACUCUGAAAAAUUCUCCUUCUUACAAGAAAUAUCAAUAUUAGAUUUUGGACAUUUAUCAAAUAUUAAAAUUAAAUAAGAACCAAUUUCAUAAGAAGUUAAAUAAAACCUCUAAGAUAUUCUUUAAAAUAAAGAGUAAAUGUAUGAUUUGUUAAACAAACUAAUCAGAGCUUUCUAGUUUUAUUUAAAUUCUAGUGAUAAAGAAGAAAUGCCCUUAAUGUAAGCUUUUGAUAAUGUUAAAAUUCGAAUCAAAAUACCUAAAUUGAGUGCUAUUAUGUCAGAAAGUAUUAAGCUAAAACAUUUAAGUAGUAUGAUUUGUACACUAGAAGAGUUCAAUAUUGAUAACUUAGUUAAUCUUUGUGAUCCAAGCUUUAAAUGUUAGAUUGGCUCAGAAAAAUUUGAAAAAGCAUAUAACUUUAUAUCAUCAAAUAAUUUGGAGUUAAAUAACUUUUUGAUAGCUCUAGGGAGAUUUAUAUUUAGAUAUCUAAGUAAAGAAGGAUUAUGUCGUACUGAAAAUUUAUUUGGAUAAAUAUUCAGGAUUGAUAUUUACAAAGAAAUAUGGAAUGACUCAUCUUAAAUAGAGUCUCUUUUAAAUGAAGCUGUCAAGCUAGACAUCCUUAUUAAAGAGUCAUUCUAUCUGUAUUAAAAACUUAAAUAAAGAAGAAAUUAAAAGCGUUACAAUCUUGAAUCAUCAAUCGAAAUGGAUAUAGAAUCUAAUCAAAACUUAUAUGAAACGAUGUAUUUAGAGAACUUUUCUGAUGAUUUCUUUAACAAGAAAAUAAUAGAUUCUUGA